AUGAUAUGCGCCUUUAAAGUUGGCCUACCCGGCGUCCUCCUCUUCUGUGAAGACGCAAUCGACUCAAGCGGCCGUAAAGAUCCCGAUAAGCAGUGCCGUGAUCAACCACUACCCGCUCAGAACGGACAACAAAUGAUUGCUCAGCCACAGCCAAAUCCCCAGCAAAAUGGUCCAAAUCCAAAUUGUAAAAAUAAUAACGUUAUUAUGGAGAAGACGUCGGAGAAGAAGGGAAAUAAAAAGAAGAAGAGCUUCCCGAGGGAGAAUCGGUUGACGAAGAAAAGAGCGAGAAAGACUCGCGACGAUGACACUAUCUCGAAUAUUCCCGAAGAAAUGCCCGAUUUGGAGAUCAAUCGUGAGCACACCGAGCCAUUCUACACGGAUGAUCAGUUGAUGUAG